AGUAUUUUUCCACGAAUAACACCGCUCGAUCGAAAUGCUACUUUUACAUAAAAAAUGAUCGUUGCCGUAGAACGUGUGGUUUAUGACAUGAACGGCAACGAUCAUGCCUGAAUGUAAUAUUAAUUUUAGAUUUUCGACGCAAGAAAAAUAGCUUUGCAAUAGCCUUGAAUUAUAUACAUUUUGGGGAACGGAUUGGCCCGAAAGCGCUUUAGUUACGUCGUGCUGCGAAACGAUCAGAACGCUACAUUACGAAACCGUUAAUUGCGAGGUUAAAUGGUAAAUUAUGAUACACUUACGACGAUAUUUAGCAAACAUUUCGUCGAAGCACCAUGGACCAACUAUCAUGAGAAUAAUGUUGAUACAUGGAAAAAGUAACGAAGAACACCCGACUGCUGGAAUAAUUGUUGUUGGCGAUGAAAUCUUGAAGGCUCAAGUGAAAGACACUAAUUCGUUGUAUGCGAGCAAUUUGCUGUACAAGCAUGGAGUCAAGGUUCAGAAAAUUAUGGUCGUUCGAGACGAUGUCCAGGAUAUCGCAGAAGCGAUCAAGAAUUUCUCUGGAAGUUAUAAUUAUGUCUUUACCACCGGAGGAAUAGGACCAACUCACGACGAUGUUACUUACGAAGCCCUAGGAUUGGCUUUCAACGAUACCAUGCACUAUCAUCCGAAGUUGGUAGACAUUGUGAAUCGCUUCGGAUAUAGCAAGUAUCCUUCUCCCGCUUAUAAAAUGGCAUAUGUUCCAACCAAAUCUGUCCUGAAAUUUGGAGUAAACCAAAUCACCGAGAAGCCUUUGGCUUACCCAUGUAUCGCAGUACAAAAUGUGUUCGUCUUUCCUGGAUCGCCUGUGUUCUUCGAGGUUUCGUUUCCGGCUCUGUGUAAGGAGUUAUUCGCCGGAUACAAAUCUUUUUCAACUGUAGAGGUUUUUGUGAACGCGAGGGAAGAUACGUUCGCGAACAUAUUAAACGAAGUUGUACAGAAGUUUCCGAACGUUUCGUUCGGAUCGUAUCCAGAGAGUAAUAGGUAUUACAAGGCACGCAUCACCGUAGAGAGCAACAACGAGGAGGACACCGAGGCCGCCAGAAGAACCUUUUGUUCCCGAAUCCCGAGCAGCAUGCUUGUGCAUUACGAUCGCACGCCCCACGUCGACUCUGUCCGAAAGUACGAGAGCUUGCUUGAGAAGUCGGAACGUCGAUCGAUUUAUGAGAAAUCCGUCGAAAUACUCCUAAAUUAUUGCCGGAAACCGGAGGAGGUCUGGAUCUACUUGGACGGUAGCCCAGAAUCCGUCAUCGUGUUGCACCUUGCUCGCGUUGCAACGGAAAAGCUUGGAGAAUCUGCAAAAACCAAAUUACGUGGAAUCAGUCCAAGAGCGAGUAGCUUUCUUCAGGAAAUUAGCAACAGGUACAACGUCGAAUUGUGCGCCUUGAGAAACAACGGGGAGAUUUUAGCAAGACCGGAAAUGCGAACAUUGUUGUUUGGCAAGCGAUCGGACAGCAACGAGAGAGAUCAUGAGAACGUUCUUAGGUUGUUCGGUACAUCUUUCCCGGACGUACAAAUACAUUUUCCUCUCAUCGAAUGGACGGAAUUAGACGUCGCAAGUUUUCUCGGAUCUCUCUCACUACAUUAUUGUACAGAGGCAGACGAAGCCGCGUCGUUUCGAUGAAAGAGAGCCAAGAUAGCGCGAAGCGGAAGCCCGAGGAAAAGCCGGCGGGGACACUCGGUGUGGUGCUGCCAGUCGCAACGAUUGUGAUCCGAUUAAAAUUACGUAAUUGUUACUCGAUGAGCUGUCGUUGUUAUUAAAGAGGAGAAAGCAAA